AUGCGCGUGAACCCCUUCCUGCUGACUUUCCGGUCGACGGUCACCGAGGGCCACUUUCUGGGGGAGGUCGCCAAGCUGCGGUGGCCGGUGCUGAUGUUUGUGUUCCUGUUUGAUUGCGUAUGCUUCACCUUCCGCAUCGCCGCCAAGCUGGCCAACCGCAGCGGCGGCGCCGACGGGGCGCAAGCCUGCACCCAGCCAAUGGAGAUCGCCCGCGAGAUGGGCCACCAGCUGGCGAACAUGGGCAUGCUGUAUAUCCUGCUAGGCCUGCUCAACCGCCGCGCGCGCCGCUCGGGCGACGCAGCGGCGCGGCAGGAGGAGGUGCUGCUGUCAGCCGUGAUGGCGCUGGCGAUCAGCAACCUGCUGGCCAGCCUGCGGGCGGACAAUGCACAGGACUAUGUGUACAUGUCCUACUUCCUCAUAGCCACCACCACGUUCUUGAAGAUCAGAUGGUGGGUCGGCACCGGCCUGCUGGCGGCCCCCAUGAUCGCCGCCCACAUCCGCCACGGCUCCCCCGCCGCCGCCGCCGCGGUCGCCGCCGCCGCGCGCGCCGUCGCGGGCGGGGCGCCGUGGGAGCUGCCGUGGCGGGCGCUGUCUGCGGAGUGGAUGCUGGGCGGCGCGGCGGAUGGCGCGGGCGCAGGCGCGGGCGCUGGCGGCGGCGCGGGGAUACUGCCGCCGGAUGCUGUGGUUCACAUCACAGUCGCCUGGGCGGUGGGCGGGCUCAUGUCGUACCUGUCUGAUUGGUACCGGAGGCAGAUGUACGCACACGCGCGCCUGGCGGCCGCGGCGCACGCCAAGGAGCUUACUGAGGCGCGCGCCAGGGUGGCGGCGGAGCGCGGGCUGGCGGCGGCGCAGCAGCAGGCGGCACAGCGCGCGCUGAGCAUCGCGCGGGAGAAGGCGGCCAACGAGGCCAAGAGCGAGUUCAUGAGCCUGAUGUGGGUGACGUCAUCGUGA